GCGUAAAAGGUUAUUUUUUAUUGUUGACUAUCAUUAAACACAGCAGACGGUCCGUUUCCGGCCAGAAGUACGACAUAAUAUAAUAAUUCAACAUUAAAUUCGAAUACGAAGAUAUUACGAAGUUGUUAAGCAACUGUUGGAAGUUAUCUAUGUACUUAAUCUAAGUUAGUAAAGUUUAGUCCAAGUUGUGAUUUACUUGUGUUCAGUGUUGUUUCGGAUUUUGAAAUAAAAUUUGAAUAACUUUAAUAACGAUGUGUGUCUGUGUGGUAAUGUGAAUGACAGUAAGGACAAGACAAGCAUGUACCAGUUGAAGUGAUAUUACUUAGUAUGACUUAUUAGCGGCAAAUUCAAGUGGUCUCUACCUCUACAGGAAUAUUUUCUGCAGCAUGAGUCAUGUUUCGGAUAACAAUGGUUUCUGUUGUUAUAACGUGAACUUGUGUAAUAACAAGUAUUUCUUGUGUUUGUUCAAAAAUGUGAUUAAGUCUGAAUGUUGUUUCGAAGGAAAACGAACGUAACAUAACUUUUGAAGGCAAGCACAUUGAAGUAUUGAAAUCAAGAAUCAUUCGAAAAUGGCGGAAAAUAAUAAAAAGCGUGCCGGCAGUUUUCGCAAACUAUUUCCGAACCUAUUUUUUUCGCACAAAUCAAAAGAAAAAAAUGCAAAUAAAGAUGCACAAUCCAAUGCAAAGAGUGCCCCAGAAUUUUCUAAAGGCAAUCAAUAUCAGAAUCCUCGAUCGAUAAGAUCCGAUAAAAAUGGCCAAGGACUGGAAGAUAGUGAGCGUAUAUAUGAAAAUUUAACAACAAAUCGUCCUCAGAGUGAUAACGAAACGCAAAGCAACGACGUAUCAAGUCAUCACUCUUCAAGUAGUACACUUGUUUCGGAAAGUACAAAAAAUAAAUCGAUUGAUGUCAAUGGAGUUUCGGAAGUAGAAAGUUUUGCAUACACCAACUACGCAGCAAGACCUCAAGUACCACCGAAACCAUAUAACGAAAUGGCGAACUCCCCGCAUUCACCUAAAGAAAAUACUAAUCAAGAAAAUAAAUUCGAUAACACUCAAUAUCCGGACGUUUAUUAUCAUUCAUUGGAGAAGCUAACUGAUAAAAUAUCGCCGUUCGAUGAAAUUGAAAUUUACAGAGCAUCACAGGCACAGGCAAAUCCAGCUUCAGUAGGAGCAGAAAUAAAAAGAGUGAGUACCAAAUUUUUGAUAUCGCCGAAGAAGGAAGCGGAGGUACGAACAAUCAUGCCUACGAGAGCUCGCAGUUUGUCUUUUGACAAUAAUAAUAAAGAAAACGAACAAGGAAGACAACCAAGGAAUUCUUAUAAGAAACAAGAAACCAUUACUAAACCUUACAACUACUCGGCCCCAACAUCGCCAAUGCCAAUAAACCACAAAAUUCCGAAUAUGCCGAAAACUGUGUCACCAUAUGAACAUGUGCGAAAGAUUAUGAUUGAAACAGAAGAGAAAAGGAAUUCCUUGAGCAGAUCGAGCCUUCGUACCAAAUCGCCAUCGUCACCCAGAUCGGAGUAUAGUCAAAGGAUGACGCCUACUCUCCAGGAAAAUUCGAAACAGGAAUCGAUUGAUAAAGAGAAAACGAGGCAAAAAGUUGAAGCAUUUUACUGGCAGAAGUUAAAAGAGUUGAAGCAAAAAGAAGACGAGUACCUUACUAAACAGUCUUUGACGUCCUCUUUGAAAAGUCCUUUAAGAUUAAAAACUUCUGGUAAUCCUAACUGCAGUACACCAAACUCAUUUUCUUAUGUGAUAGAGCCUAGAAGUUGCAGUUUGCCGCGUGGGAACGAUUUGAAAAGUUACUCUAUGAACCAGCCAAUUUACACUUCCGUGCCAUUUAACAGAGGCGCUCCGGAAAGGCGGACGGAUACUUUUAUCAAAACUCGAACUACUUUCGACGAUCCAGAGAUCAUCUACCGUCACCCCGAAAAACUUACUGCCAGAACGACGUCGCCUUUAUUACUUCAAGAUCAGAAAAUGCCGAUUUAUUAUCGUGGAACGAUUCCUCAGGAUAAUCAAAAUGCAGGGCAGUUAAAACGUGUUAGUUUUGAAGAUCGCUAUGGAAAAACUGUGAAUGGUGUUAAAUGUGAUGGUGAGGUAAAGUUUAGUGAUGUGAAAGUGCAAAAUAGACCGCCAGCUAACAACAAAGUGAGUGCAUUAUCCUCAAGAGUGCCUCCCAGACCACCAGUGCGGACCACUAGUGUUGGUGGUGUCGGCAGAAAAAUCGCGAUAGAUAAAAAAAGCCUUUACACCACGAGUGCUGGACAUUCGCUGUGCUCAGAGUCUGAGAGCGGGUCCGAAGCUGGCGAAAUACAGAGAAUAUUGCAGACCAACCCACAGAAAGAAGAAGACUGGCAUGGAGACGGGCGAAUGGACGGAGGAGUCUCCGACGGCGAGACUAGCCGAGGCCCAUCCCGUGCCCGCAGCUCCCGGCGUGAUGACCCUCGCCGCCACACACUCGCUGGCAACCAUCACCUACAGACUUACGACCAUUCUGGACACGUCAUUCCGAUGCCGCCACCAUCGGCUCGGUAUGCGCCACCUACAAACAAUGCCAUGCUUUUCGAUGAAGACCCUGGCAUCAUGUCGGAGGUCGAAACAGCAUCAACUGGGUUCCGGCGCGGGGGCAAACAGAGAUCUUCUCUGCCCGUCGUACGGACCCCGAGCAAGACCUUGGAGAGACCGCUUGGUUUAGUCUUCUUGCAAUACCGCAAUGAAACCAAGCGCGCUCUGCUCCCAAAUGAGAUCACAUCUAUCGACACGGUCAAAGCCCUGUUUGUACGCAGCUUCUGCAAACAACUAACUAUGCAGUACAUGGAUAGUCCUUUAGUGAAGAUUUAUAUUCACGAUUCGUCAAAGGACAUGUUUUAUGAAUUGGAAGAUGACAGGGCUCAUCUACGCGAUAUCCGCGAUCGGUCGGUUUUGCGUCUCUUUGAGGCAACUGAUAUCGGUGGGGGGGCCUUCCCUGGUGCAGUUGGCGUUGGGUCAUUCUCAAUGCCAGCUGGUGCUGUUCCCUCGUGCUCCGGCCCUUCAUCGUGGGAACAAGAACAGAACUAUUUCUCCGAGCCAGAAAUUGACUCGGAGUAUCAUAGUCAGCAUGUUCAUAAGUCGAAGGUAAAGGCUCCUGCUUACUACAUCGGUGGUCAGCAGCCGAGCACCCUGCCGCGAGGGGGAUCGAUGCUCCGCGCUUACUCACCUGCCGCUCCACCGAUCCCCGCCGAUCGUAUCAAGGCUCACUCCACCUCAGGUCCCACCGCGCCGGCCAAGCCGAUGCGCACGUACAUCCCUGGGAGUGGGUCAGAACGCUGUUUCCCCUUCGCCGCGGCGGAUUGCGCUCGGGGGCCCGACCAACUGUACACGAUCCCCGGUCAUGCUGAGGGGUAUAUGUCGUCUCCGGAGCGCGGGGCUGCCAGGGCUCCGUACGAAGAUCCGUAUUAUACGCAGUACCUCGGCCCUGCGGCUGGACGAGCUGCUAUUGCUCCGAUUAUUGACGAAGAAGCCGGCGAUGCUGGUAUAAUGGAUGAUGCAUAUACCUUGUAUGGAAAUCCAAUUACCACUGCUCCUAGGCCGAUGCCACGGCCGCCGUAUGACGCCAGGCCGCAAUUGGAUGACAUGCAGCGACUGCGCGUUGAGAAGAUGGAGAGGCAACUGGCCAACUUAACGGGGCUCGUGCAAAAAGCUUUGCAGGUUCCCAACCAACCCACCACUCCUGCAGCCAUUCCGCGUCAAGACUACCAGACGUACAAUACACGACCUGCCGCACAAGAUGCGGCACGAUUUACCAGCACGGAGAGACCUCCUAAGUUAGGCAGAGAUAAAUUUCAAAAAUCUGUCUCUUUUGAGAAAUCAGUAUCAUUUAGCGAUGAUCCUCCUGAUAUGAGCUCACCAAAGCAGCAUUCACCCCAACAUACAGCCGAUUCCAAACCUACCAAACCGGCUAUCAAAUCUUCGACAUUGCCAAGGACGUCAUCUCAAGAGCGUGAUCGUCUGAAGCCUGCUCCUCCUCCGAAGCCGGCAGGGCUAGCGAGCCAGCAACUGGCUCUGGUCCCACAGAAGACCUAUACGAUCAACGUAACCUCGGAUUUCCAAAACCAGCUGCGCUUGUUGCAGAAGCAAGGUCGUGAUCUCAGAAUUGAGACCCGCAAUAUGCGCCGCUCGACCUUGACGCACGCCAUUCAGAUGCGACAGCUCAUGGGCGAGGCCAUCUUAAAGAUUGGAGCCAUUGCUGCAAGCUUUUGCGAAAUGGAUCCUGAUUCUCAACUAUGCCGUGAAGAAGAGAUCUAUCGUCAGGAUAUGCUGCUGCUCGAGAACGAUCUGUACGAGCUCGAGGCCACUGUUGAACGUCUGCGAGGCCAGGCUGCUAACAGGGAAACCCGCGUCAAUAUGGCGGACAUCGAACGCAUUGCAAUGGUGCUGUCAAAGAGCAGCAAGACUGUCGCUGACUGGAAACUCAAGUUUCCCGUUCUGCAGGAGACUAUGAAGACCAAACUGGCUGCUGAGAUGGAAAAGGUGGUGCGAAAGGAGAAGAUGCUGGAAGAAGAACCCGAGCGCUUGGAGCUAGCCUUGCGCCGCUGCAAGAAGCUUACAGGAACACUGGUUACGCUCAAACGCCUUGCUUGUGUGCAAGAACAGCGUCUGCCACUAAGCGACGGCCGAGUCUCACCAGUAUCGUCACAAAGCUCCACUUUCACCGCUGGACAAUCUUCUGAGGAUUGUGCUUCUGAUUUGAGCACAACAUGCCCAAAUGCUCUUGCUCACAACAAGCGCGUUGUUAUCAGGAGCCGCACACAGCCCAACGCUUCAGGAACUGAAUGAAUUGCCCUAACAACCCUUUCUCACUCCUCUAUUUCUUUUAUUCUUUAAGACUAACUCCUAAGAUCUUCCCUACUUAAGUUGACUGGAUUCUGUCGGGCACAAUCAGAUUUCAAAAAUAGUUAUCCCAAAAAACACAGUGCUCGAUUCUAGUCCUUCGUAAAUCUAACCCUUGACAUAAAUAAUUAGAAAUAAAGUAACCCACGCCAUCGGAGCACAGGUAAAUGAAUAAUAAAAUUAAUUCGCUUUCAAAUAUUUAGGUACUGUCGUUUUCUAAAAGUUAACACCUUUGCACAUUGAGGGUAAUGUUUUAAUCAUUGUAGCCAUCGCAGUAAUACAUUUUGAGCUUUUCUUAGAUUAGAUUUUCACUAUAAUGUCACUUUGGCAUUAGCUUCCUUUAGUAGAAUACUUAAAAUUAAAUAUAUAGUACUUAUCUAAUAUUAUAUACACAUUAUAUUUUUUGACUAAUGGCAAAAUCAUCACAAUUGUUAAGAGUGAAUAAUUCGUCUCUAAAAUUAAUUUCAUAAUUCUAUCUCUAUGCAUUUAAAUCACCAAAUUAAAUCGCUGCGUUAUUUAUCUAAUAUCACACAACCCCGAUGUAUUUUCAUAACUGUCCGUCCAUAAUAUUAUGUACCUCUAAUAACUAUCAGAUCUACUUAUUUUUUCACCUUUAAACAUUCAUAUCGAUCCACCACGUGCCGGUCUUUCCACUAUAUUUUGGCCGCUCGUCACACUUCCUUUUCAAAUUUUGUCUUUGAAUUAAUGGAGAAAAUAAAUAAAUAACGAAAAUAAUUUUGCGUCAUAUCCUGCUGAUGUUCAGCUGUAAUGUUUUAAGCAUAGAGAUUUUCCCGCAAUAUUCAAAGACAAAAAGAGAGGCAUUCGCCUUUUUCGUUUCUCUUUUAUUCUUUUUGAAUGAUUGUGGUCGCAUUCAAACAUCUAGCUGAAGUAUGUAAAGAUUAUCUGUCCCAUAACAAGUGGCCUUAUCUGGUGUAAUAGAAUGCGUGUGUCUAUGUUUUGAAUAAGUGUUUUUUGUGUACUAAAAGCGCGGUUGCAAUACGCUUUACAACACCACUCUAAGAACUAAACAAUCGAAACGACUAUCGAGGUUAGGGGCUUACUUGCAACCGCUCUUUUAUAAUGUCUGUUGGAGAUCGGCGAGCACAGCUAGAAGUGCGUGGAAUGGUGCGCAGGCAACCGGCGCCGGCGUGUGCGUCGGGCGAGGCGCUGCGGCCCGGGGAGCGGACCUGCGGCCAGAAAACGCCCUCGAUGCGCUACUAGACGAGCUGCAGACGUUCGCGAAGCCGGCGGAGCGCGGCGCGCGCGGCGAGGGCCCGCUGCGCCGCCUGCACUCGUACCCCAGCGGCAGCGACACCGACGCCUCGCCGCCCGUGCGCGCGCGCGGCCAGCACCCGCCCAAGCCGCCCGUGCCCGAGCGCCACCCCGAGCUGCUGGCCAUGGCCGCGCGCCGCGCGCCGCCGCCGCCGCCGCCGCGCACCACCUCGCGCUCGCCGCUCGCCUCCCCCACGUCCCCCGCCUCGCCGCCCCGCUGUCAACCCGACCCCAACCAUCUCCCCAUGCAACACUCCGAACCCUAUUCCGAUGACGACAAGGCCACUAAUCGUCACACACCUCUCGAACAAAGACAUCAGGAGCUGUUGAAAAAGCAAAAGGCGCUACAAGAACAAUACGCUCGCCUUCAGAUGAUCCAACGGAGCGGGCCAACACUGCCACCUACUGCGCAGCCGGACCUCAAGAAAACCGGUAGCGAGUCCAACUUGCUGACGAAAAUGAACUUGAACCUUGCCCCGGCGGCGAUAUCCGGAAGCAUGACGCAUCUAGCCGCUAACAAUGAGCGCAACAUUGACGGUUCACUGGCCCCCGAGAAAGGCAUGCUGCCCGAAGGUGUGGCCACUACCAAUAAGGUUUACGAGACUGACAUACUGUGACCUUGUAGUCGAUGCUUCAUAUCUGUCUAAGAGUUCGCGCGCACCAGGACGUUGCUCGUACUUAAUGCCACACGUUUUUGAAUAUUUACCUACGUCUAUCAUGCAUUCUUCACAUUGUAAAUGUCUUUAAUCACCGAUUUAUUUAAUUUGGAGACCAGCAUCAGGAACCCAUAAAAUUAACUAAUCAAUUUAAAUCCCUUUUUUCUAAUUAAUUUAUACUUGUACUUACCUAAUGACAAGGUAUCCAUAUUUUUUUAUAGUUUACGUUUGCCUAAUGCGCGAGGGCUCCUGCUGGGUACUAAAAUGUUAGGUAUAAGUAUUUUUUAAAUAUGAAUUACUGCUUUAUUAUUAUUGUAAAUCGUUUAUUCGCAAUUUUUAUUAGGUUUGUAAUUUCAGUAUUAAGUUAGACCCCGUGUCGUGUUCUUAAACAACGAAAUUCAAGCACAUUUUACUAACAAUGAAAUAUGAUGUAAACUACUUAUUGUAAUUGGUGUUACUAAUUCAUCACAAGAAAAAAAUACAAAAAAAGUCAAUAAAUGUUAUUAUGAAAUAAAAUAUUGUAAUCAAUGAUAUCCAUCAUAGAAUUUACCUAUCGAAUGAACUGCAGUUUUGUCUUGCCUCUCAGUCUGUGCUAUGAGUUCUUUACCGAACGCAUAACUACGUAUGUAACUUUGUGUAAAUAGGUGUACCUCACUGUAUUCUCUAACAUUUAGAUUAUCUACUAAUAUGACGACAGAUAAAAUACCUUUAAUCCAUGAUUAGUGCCAAAAUUAUUGUUUUCUAAACUAAUUUUCGUAAACUUUCGGAAGUACUUGCAACGAUUUAGAAAAAUAAAAUUAUUGAAGACUUUAUUUUGCAAAAGUCUCUUAAUUUUCUAUUCGAUUUUAGUUCGGGCCCAAUAACUGCCUUUCUGAAGUUGAAUUUGUUCCUGCGGGUAUUGUUGAGAAGUUUCAUUGGUCCGAAGUUGGCUACAAUGACAAGGAAAAUAAGCUAGACGCGUGAGGAGUCCAGGGUAACUUCAGAGUUGCAAAUUUAUUGGCGUGAACUGUAAGACCGUGUGAUUUUCAAAAAACAGCACUUUUAAUAUAAGAGGACUAUAAUGAAGUUUAUUUAUAAAUUCUGUUCCAUCAAAUACAACGAAUGUUAUUUGUUGUAUUACACUUAAUUUAAAAUUAUUCAAAAUCCUGGUACCUAUUCGAUAAUGAACUAUAUAAUAUUCUUGACGGCUUGAAAUAACAAAAAAAUCAACCGAAAAUAAUUGUACUGUGAUAAGAAAAAGUUACCUAUUCUAAAUGCAUAAGAAUUGAUUAAAAAUUUAUUACAAAAACCUAGAUUUACGUCCUUUGCACGGGAUAAGCAUAUUUUACUAAAAGCCACAUUAUUACUUACCUCAAUAAAUUAUUUAGCUUCGUCCACAUUCGUAUAUCAAUAUUGAAUUUAUAAUUAAAGUAAAAACCGUCAAAAAUAUUAGAUAAUUAAAUUCACAUUCAUAAUUUAUCAUUGUUGUAACAAUCUUGUUUCGCAUAAUUUCUUUAUGUUGGAAUUAUAUUAAAUUGAUUAGACUAUCUACUAAUAAUAUUGAUGUAUAAAAUAUUAUUCUUAUUUUUAGACUCCAAAUACAUCUACAAUCAUGUAAUAGAACUAGAUAAUUAGUGAUAGCUACUAUUUAGAGUAAUUAAUAUAAAAAAAUAGGUAGGUGAAGCAAAAUGAUUGCGGUUUUUAAAUGUUUGUUGCAAAUCACUUAAUAUUUAACAAAACUAAUAUUGGCUUGCACACUUUGGAGCACACUAUUGCUAAAACCUUUCAAAUAAAUAUGUAUUACAUAAUAUAUAGCCAUGUGACUUUAUUACGCACUAUCAUAUCUAAUUUUCAUAACAACUCUUCAUGUUUUAACGAAAAUAGCCUAUUUGUUGCGCUAUUUCUACGAGUAUAUAAAUAGAGCUGAAUGCUAAGUUUUCUUUAUAUCUAUGUUUGCGUCUCCAUCAUAUACUAAGACAUAAUAACUUAAUCAUUGAUGUAACAUUAAGGAAUUGUCUUCAUUUAUAUUCCUGACAUCUUUCAACUGAAUCAUUUAAUUUCAUUUCAUUUAUCGAUCGAUACGUGCCAAACAAUGCUUCUUUUAUAAAGGUAUUUUUCUAGUAUUUUUACUUAGUUGACUUACUACCUAUUUUUUAAUGUUUAAAGCAAACAAAAAAGUUUUUAUAGCUGUUUAUUAUUAUUAAUUUCGAUGUUUUAUCGAUUUUAAAUCUGCAAAUUUUUAGCUUAAAGCAUUUUAAUAUUAAUUUGUUGCUAAUAUAGAUAUUAAAUUAUUCUUAAGAAGGUAGAAACUAUUUGUUUAGUUGUAAUAAAAGAUCAUAAUAAGUGUAUAGUUAUAUCAAGAUAGCUUGAAAAUGUUUUAAUGUGAAAUAAAUAAAGAAAGUUUA